AUGGCUUUGGCCGCCCCGCCACCGCCCAAUACGGGCAUCGAGAACAAAGCUGAUAUGUGGCGCGAGAACCUCAACACGCACCUGAUCUGCCCCGACUGCCAGCAAAACCCUCCCGACCUCAUCGAAGACAAUGCUAAUGCCGACACUAUCUGUGGAAACUGUGGUAUGGUUCUGUCCAGCCGCAACAUCAGCUACGAAUCCGAGUGGCGUACCUUCAACUCGGACGAGGGCAAAGGAGACGAUCCCAACCGUGUUGGUGAAGCCGACAAUGAUCUCCUGACGAGUAGCAAUGCCGGUACUACGAUUGGGGGAGGUGCCAACGCUUCGAAAGAGACUCGCCGCCUCAAGCGAGCUCAAGCCGCGCAGCAGGACAACAAGUCUGACAAGCAACUUACCUCUGCAUACAUGAUUGUCGAUCAGUGGGGUGAGCGUGCUUCGAUCCCAACCAAGGUCCGCAACACGGCCAAGACCUACUACAAGCGCGUCUUCGAUGCUGGACAAUUCAAAGGCAAGAACAUCGAGAUAGUCUUGGCUAGCUGCCUCUUUCUCGCUUGUCGUCAACAUGGAGUUCCCCGUUCGUUCAACGAGAUGUUCGGCCUGACGAACGUUGCCAAGAAGGAUAUUGGUCGCAACUACAAGCAGCUCGAAAAGUUCUUGAUGGCCGAUUCCAAGUCGAGUAUCAGCAAGAUCGAGGCUGAGGGUGGCAUUAUUGGUCAUGACCACAUGGCCUACAAGAGCACUCACUCGACUAAGCCAGAUCAGCUAUGCGUUCGUUACUGCAACAUGCUCGGGUUGCCGUUCCGUGUUCAGACCGUGGCAGAGGCUCUUGCCAAGCAAAUCAACAACAUCGCUGGCCUGGCUGGUCGCAGUCCUCUGUCGAAUGCCUCUGCUUGUACCUACUUUGCCAGCUAUCUCUUCAACAUGGGUAAGAGCACGAAGGCUAUCAGUGAGGUUGCCGGCGUCAGUGAUGCCACCAUCAAGCAUGCGUACAAGUUUCUGUACGCUGAGAAGGACAAACUCAUCGAUCAAUCUUGGCUAGGCCCUCAGCCCGGCACACCGGCUCUGACUGGCGAUGUCAAGAAUCUACCUGCUGCCCCUGCCCUUGAUAAGGACAAGGACUAG